AACGUAGGUUCUCUCUCCAACCAUUAUUAUUAUUAUUAUUCAUCUCCGAAUUGAUUGGGAUGAUUGCCUUUGUUUAUCGUUUAUGCAAACUAAACAAGAACUUCACUUCGCAUCAUUUUGAAAAGAGCAACUGCGGCUAUUCUCUUAUAGUGAAAGCCAACUACAAGCUACCUAAAAUACAAGUAUUACAAAUACCUUGGUUAAGUAAACUUGGAAUAGCGACUAGUUAUACACUUUGGAAGUGGUUAUGGAAUGUGAUGGUUUCUCAGUUGGCACCCAAGGAUGAAACAGGAGAAUAUAAGCGUCCAAUCAGUCAAUUCAGAAACAAGAUUGAAGCCAAUCCAGAAGCUCGUUUUCCUCUAGAAAAGAACAGAUACAGUUUAUAUGUCGGUUUUCCUUGUCCUUGGUGUCAUCGAGUACUCUUAGCUUUGGCUCUAUGUAAUUGGAAGGAUUAUUUCCAUAUUGAAUAUUGUGAAGCAAAUAUUUCAGAUGGAUCCUGGAAGUUGAGAGGUGGUCAAAGUAUUCGAAAGAUUUAUCGAUAUUAUGAGCAUAAUUAUCGAGGUCGUUGUACACUUCCGUUACUAGUAGAUAACGUUCAACAAUGCAUUGUGAAUAAUGAAAGUUCAGAUAUAGUUCAGUUUUUGAUGGAAUUAUUGGCAACACAUCACCAUUCUGUUCCUAUUGUUCCUAUACAAAAAUGCAUUCUAUUAGAAGAGGAAUCCAAAGCACUUGUUCAACGCAUUCAUGAAAAUGUGAAUAACGGUGUUUAUAAAGCAGGGUUUGCUCAAAGUCAAAAGAAUUAUGAAAGUGCAUUGAUGCUUCUAUUUGACACGUUGAAUGAGAUAGAAAAGAGACUUGAAAAGCAUUCUUUUGUUGAAGGAAAUACCAUAACAACAGCCGACAUAUAUUUAUUUCCCACGAUGUAUCGAUUCAAAGCCAUUUAUGGGCCUUUGUUCAAAUGUCUUUGGAAAGAUAUUCCAAUCAAUUAUCCUUUUCUCUAUCAAUGGUUACAAAGAGUAUAUUCUAUUCCUGGUAUUGCUGAGACUUGUGACUUGGAAGAAACCAAACAAAGUUAUUACAAAUCCUUGUUCCCUUUGAAUCCUAGUCAAAUUGUUCCAAAAGACUCUGAAGAACAAUGCUCCCUCAAUACGGAUGGUGACAAUCAUUCGUCAAGUUUAACCAACACAACUGGCUCCUCAGAAGCUCUUCUUGUUCCGUUGGUCAACACAGUAACUCAACAACUUUUCCAACUAGAAACUUUGGUCAAGAAUGCCACCGAAAUAUCAAAAUUGGAAGAUAUUUAUGAGUCCAUUCAACACUUGGUAACUCAGUUGCAACAAUUGGAACAACAAAGCAAUUUGGCACAAGGCAGCGUACCUUUGGAUUUGCUAGAGUGCAUAGAUCGAGGAGAGAAUCCUUCCUUUUAUACUUUAGCCAAGUUAGAUCAAUGGAAGAAAUUGGAAUCUGAAAGACAGAAGAAGAUGGAGGCAGUAGGUUGGUUUAGGGAUUGUUUGCGUAAACAAUUGGAAGAACAAAAUAUAAGUUGGAAAGAAUAUGGAGACGAAGACAAGUCGGAGUCUGAAAACGAUUGAUGAAAGAAUAGAUGGGUUUCUAUUGAGAAGAAUAGGUUGUAUCUUUGCCUUUACGGAUUGUUUCUAUCCUAUUGAUAAGGAUUGAUUUCAUUUUAUAUACUUUUUAUCUGAAAAAUCAUUAGCAAAUGUUGCAUUCACAAGUUUUUGUGUA